UUAUCCACGGUUUUGAUGACGUUUUACACAACCACUGUGGUUUCCUCACGUUGUUGCAAUAGUUGCACAUAAAUAGACUAGGGCCUACUUCAGUAAUCUACUUCAGACUAAAAAGAAAGAUAGAUCUACUCCCAAAAUCGUCAAAUAUUUGUCUGUUACAUAAAAAUGGCAGUUCGCGCUCAGUUUGAAGGAAAUAAUGAAGUUGGAGUUUUUGCCAAACUGACAAAUAGUUAUUGCUUAGUCGGGAUUGGAGGUUCUGAAAAUUUCUACAGUGUUUUUGAAGGUGAAAUAGGGGACACAAUUCCUGUGGUCCAUGCGAGCAUUGCUGGUUGUCGUGUUAUAGGCAGAAUGUGUGUUGGAAAUCGUCAUGGUUUGCUGGUCCCCAACACAACCACAGACCAAGAGCUGCAGCACAUAAGGAAUGCCCUGCCAGACACAGUCAAGAUUUACAGAGCUGAAGAGAAGUUGUCUGCCCUGGGGAAUGUGAUUGCCUGCAAUGAUUAUGUGGCACUGGUACACCCAGAUUUAGACAGGGAAACAGAAGAUUUACUGGUUGACACACUCAAUGUUGAAGUCUUUCGUCACACAGUCGCCAACAACGUCUUGGUUGGCAGCUACACAGUAUUUAGUAAUCAAGGAGGCAUGGUCCCCCCUAAAACAUCAGUGGAGGAUUUAGAUGAGCUCUCGUCCCUGCUUCAAGUACCUCUUGUGGCAGGUACAGUAAACAGAGGCAGUGAGGUUCUGGCUGGGGGCCUUGUGGUCAAUGACUGGAUGGCCAUCUGCGGCCAUGACACCACCUCCACAGAAGUCUCCGUCAUAGAGAAUGUCUUCAAGCUGAGUGACCAUGAGCCCUCACACAUACAGACACAGAUGAGAGAUUCUUUAAUUGACACGCUGUCAUAAGUUUUACUAUGAAAGGGAAGCAAGAUGUGAAAAACCUCCAGGGACUGUGAAACAGGACUACAUUUGUAUACAUAACCAGUGGCAUUUUUUUUCUGUACGAAACAUUUGUAUCUCAUCCUGUAUCUGGUUCAUGUUAUGUUGACUACCAUUGAUAAUACUGCCAAUAAAUUGUGGUACAUCAUUCAAAGAUUCAUCAUGCCAUAA